AGGGGAUGGUCUUUUUGUGACUUGGAACUUGUGGAGAUUGAAAAACUGGACUACCAUCACUACCUCCCCCUGUUUUUUGACGGACUGUGCGAGACGGUUCACCCCUAUGAGUUCUUCGCUCGACAGGGCAUCCAUGACAUGCUGGAGCAUGGUGGCAGUAAGAUCCUGCCUGUUAUUCCACAGCUCAUCAUACCCAUCAAGAAUGCUCUCAACACGAGGAGCAGGCAGGUCAUCUGCACCACGCUGAAGGUUCUGCAGCACCUGGUUGUAUCAGCAGAUAUGGUGGGUGAGGCGCUGGUCCCGUACUACAGACAGAUCCUCCCCAUCUUGAACAUCUUCAAGAACAUGAACAUUAACAUGGAUUCUGCAUUGAUCGCUGCAGCCCUUGUCUUGCUGGAGAUCAGUGGUUGUCUUUCAGGAUCCAAGCCUCCAGCUCUGAUCUUUAAAGCUGGCCUCAGAUCAGCAUGAAUCAGCUGUUCUGAAUCACUCUUAAUGAACAUUCUACAUCAUUCCUGAACAUUUAUGCUGACUUUCUACAUGCCAAUACAAGAAUCUACACCAUCUGGCGCCUGUUAUUCUAUUGAUUGUGUAGUUAUAUUUGUCUGUUUGUCAUCUGAUGUCUGUCAUCAUUUUAAACACAGUCAUGAGAACUGAUGUUGAGCUUUAGGUAUUCAUUGUGUUCUGGUGUCAGACCGCUUCACACUUCCAUUCACCACCUUUGUCAGGCAGACUAUAGGCCUGCCAGACAUCUUCAGACGUGAGGACAAGCAUUGUGGAUCAAUCCCCUCAUCACAGGCUUAAUCAGCAGAAAUGCUGCCACCUCACUCUUCUGAUCAAUAUCCAAUUUGAAUCUUUUGUC